UCUCUUUCUCUCUCCCUCUCUUGCGCUGUCCCUCAUUCAUGCACUCUUCCAUCUUUUUGCCAUUGUGCCAGCUCAAUUUAAAUGUAUCUGCUCUGUAUCUGUUCAAGUGGAGAUAAUCCAUGCAAAUCAGGAGCCGUGGCUCUCAAUGCCUGGUUCACAGAGAGGACUCAGCUUGAGGAGGUCACUUGUUCACAGCCGCUCCUCCCAUUAUAUUUUUCCCCUUAUUGCAGAACUGCUGUAUGUAUACAGUGACUGAAAGGACUCAAUUUACUGCAACUGCUGCCUGGCUUUACUUACAACUUUUUUUUUUUUAUAAAGGAACUUACCUCCAUCUGUCUUUUCAAGUUUCAGGGUAGAAAGGGUCCCUUUAACUCCUGAAGACUGUAAAUCACAGUCUGUGUGGUGGUUCUCAGAAGACACUUAAAGGACUGAACUGGAUGCUCUACAUAGCACCCUUGCCAAAAGGGUUCGGAAAUGACUUCCAGCUUCCCACAGUAAUAAAAUGGCACUGUUUGGCAUCUUCGAGGUUACAGACCACUUACUCUAAACUUCACAAAUGGUUCUGAAGAGUAUGGCGCCUACGUAGAUUCAUAAGAGCCCAAUGUUUCCAAAGGACAUUAAUUUUGAUUUCUCCAAUGAAGGCUUGUGGCUGUCCUUAUGCUUUACAAAACAUUACCAAAUCAGAGCCGAAAAGAAAACUGGUAUUUAUGGCACAAUGAAAAAUUUCAUCUUUCCCAGAAUGAUAUGAAGAUCAAUGAUGCAGACUGAUGGUUUUGAUGAAGCUGGGCAUUUAUAACUAGAUUCAUUAAGGAAUACAAAGAAAAUAUUUAAAGGGAUCAAUAAUGGUGUCUUCUGGUUGCAGAAUGCGAAGUCUGUGGUUUAUCAUUGUAAUCAGCUUCUUACCAAAUACAGAAGGUUUCAGCAGAGCAGCUUUACCAUUUGGGCUGGUGAGGCGAGAAUUAUCCUGUGAAGGUUAUUCUAUAGAUCUGCGAUGCCCGGGCAGUGAUGUCAUCAUGAUUGAGAGCGCUAAUUAUGGUCGGACGGAUGACAAGAUUUGUGAUGCUGACCCAUUUCAGAUGGAGAAUACAGACUGCUACCUCCCCGAUGCCUUCAAAAUUAUGACUCAAAGGUGCAACAAUCGAACACAGUGUAUAGUAGUUACUGGGUCAGAUGUGUUUCCUGAUCCAUGUCCUGGAACAUACAAAUACCUUGAAGUCCAAUAUGAAUGUGUCCCUUACAUUUUUGUGUGUCCUGGGACCUUGAAAGCAAUUGUGGACUCACCAUGUAUAUAUGAAGCUGAACAAAAGGCGGGUGCUUGGUGCAAGGACCCUCUUCAGGCUGCAGAUAAAAUUUAUUUCAUGCCCUGGACUCCCUAUCGUACCGAUACUUUAAUAGAAUAUGCUUCUUUAGAAGAUUUCCAAAAUAGUCGCCAAACAACAACAUAUAAACUUCCAAAUCGAGUAGAUGGUACUGGAUUUGUGGUGUAUGAUGGUGCUGUCUUCUUUAACAAAGAAAGAACGAGGAAUAUUGUGAAAUUUGACUUGAGGACUAGAAUUAAGAGUGGCGAGGCCAUAAUUAACUAUGCCAACUACCAUGAUACCUCACCAUACAGAUGGGGAGGAAAGACUGAUAUCGACCUAGCAGUUGAUGAAAAUGGUUUAUGGGUCAUUUAUGCCACUGAACAGAACAAUGGAAUGAUAGUUAUUAGCCAGCUGAAUCCAUACACUCUUCGAUUUGAAGCAACGUGGGAGACUGUAUACGACAAACGUGCCGCAUCAAAUGCUUUUAUGAUAUGCGGAGUCCUCUAUGUGGUUAGGUCAGUUUAUCAAGACAAUGAAAGUGAAACAGGCAAGAACUCAAUUGAUUACAUUUAUAAUACCCGAUUAAACCGAGGAGAAUAUGUAGAUGUUCCCUUCCCCAACCAGUAUCAGUAUAUUGCUGCAGUGGAUUACAAUCCAAGAGAUAACCAACUUUACGUGUGGAACAAUAACUUCAUUUUACGAUAUUCUCUGGAGUUUGGUCCACCUGAUCCUGCCCAAGUGCCUACCACAGCUGUGACAAUAACUUCUUCAGCUGAGCUGUUCAAAACCACAAUAUCAACCACAAGCACUACUUCACAGAAAGGCCCCAUGAGCACAACUGUAGCUGGAUCACAGGAAGGAAGCAAAGGGACAAAACCACCUCCAGCAGUUUCUACAACCAAAAUUCCACCUAUAACAAAUAUUUUUCCCCUGCCAGAGAGAUUCUGUGAAGCAUUAGACUCCAAGGGGAUAAAGUGGCCUCAGACACAAAGGGGAAUGAUGGUUGAACGACCAUGCCCUAAGGGAACAAGAGGAACUGCCUCAUAUCUCUGCAUGAUUUCCACUGGAACAUGGAACCCUAAGGGCCCCGAUCUUAGCAACUGUACCUCACACUGGGUGAAUCAGCUGGCUCAGAAGAUCAGAAGUGGAGAAAAUGCUGCUAGUCUUGCCAAUGAACUGGCUAAACAUACCAAAGGGCCAGUGUUUGCUGGGGAUGUAAGUUCUUCAGUGAGAUUGAUGGAGCAGUUGGUGGACAUCCUUGAUGCACAGCUGCAGGAACUGAAACCUAGUGAGAAGGAUUCAGCUGGACGGAGUUAUAACAAGCUCCAAAAACGAGAGAAGACAUGCAGGGCUUACCUUAAGGCAAUUGUUGACACAGUGGACAACCUUCUGAGACCUGAAGCUUUGGAAUCAUGGAAACAUAUGAAUUCUUCUGAACAAGCACAUACUGCAACAAUGUUACUCGAUACAUUGGAAGAAGGAGCUUUUGUCCUAGCUGACAAUCUUUUAGAACCAACAAGGGUCUCAAUGCCCACAGAAAAUAUUGUCCUGGAAGUUGCCGUACUCAGUACAGAAGGACAGAUCCAAGACUUUAAAUUUCCUCUGGGCAUCAAAGGAGCAGGCAGCUCAAUCCAACUGUCCGCAAAUACCGUCAAACAGAACAGCAGGAAUGGGCUUGCAAAGUUGGUGUUCAUCAUUUACCGGAGCCUGGGACAGUUCCUUAGUACAGAAAAUGCAACCAUUAAACUGGGUGCUGAUUUUAUUGGUCGUAAUAGCACCAUUGCAGUGAACUCUCACGUCAUUUCAGUUUCAAUCAAUAAAGAGUCCAGCCGAGUAUACCUGACUGAUCCUGUGCUUUUUACCCUGCCACACAUUGAUCCUGACAAUUAUUUCAAUGCAAACUGCUCCUUCUGGAACUACUCAGAGAGAACUAUGAUGGGAUAUUGGUCUACCCAGGGCUGCAAGCUGGUUGACACUAAUAAAACUCGAACAACGUGUGCAUGCAGCCACCUAACCAAUUUUGCAAUUCUCAUGGCCCACAGGGAAAUUGCAUAUAAAGAUGGCGUUCAUGAAUUACUUCUUACAGUCAUCACCUGGGUGGGAAUUGUCAUUUCCCUUGUUUGCCUGGCUAUCUGCAUCUUCACCUUCUGCUUUUUCCGUGGCCUACAGAGUGACCGAAAUACUAUUCACAAGAACCUUUGUAUCAACCUUUUCAUUGCUGAAUUUAUUUUCCUAAUAGGCAUUGAUAAGACAAAAUAUGCGAUUGCAUGCCCAAUAUUUGCAGGACUUCUACACUUUUUCUUUUUGGCAGCUUUUGCUUGGAUGUGCCUAGAAGGUGUGCAGCUCUACUUAAUGUUAGUUGAAGUUUUUGAAAGUGAAUAUUCAAGGAAAAAAUAUUACUAUGUUGCUGGUUACUUGUUUCCUGCCACAGUGGUUGGAGUUUCGGCUGCUAUUGACUAUAAGAGCUAUGGAACAGAAAAAGCUUGCUGGCUUCAUGUUGAUAACUACUUUAUAUGGAGCUUCAUUGGACCUGUUACCUUCAUUAUUCUGCUAAAUAUUAUCUUCUUGGUGAUCACAUUGUGCAAAAUGGUGAAGCAUUCAAACACUUUGAAACCAGAUUCUAGCAGGUUGGAAAACAUUAAUAAUUACCGUGUUUGUGAUGGCUACUAUAAUACGGACUUACCUGGGUCUUGGGUGCUUGGCGCUUUCGCUCUUCUGUGUCUUCUUGGCCUCACCUGGUCCUUUGGGUUGCUUUUUAUUAAUGAGGAGACUAUUGUGAUGGCAUAUCUCUUCACUAUAUUUAAUGCUUUCCAGGGAGUGUUCAUUUUCAUCUUUCACUGUGCUCUCCAAAAGAAAGUACGAAAAGAAUAUGGCAAGUGCUUCAGACACUCAUACUGCUGUGGAGGCCUCCCAACUGAGAGUCCCCACAGUUCAGUGAAGGCAUCAACCACCAGAACCAGUGCUCGCUAUUCCUCUGGCACACAGAGUCGUAUAAGAAGAAUGUGGAAUGAUACUGUGAGAAAACAAUCAGAAUCUUCUUUUAUCUCAGGUGACAUCAAUAGCACUUCAACACUUAAUCAAGGAAUGACUGGCAAUUACCUACUAACAAACCCUCUUCUUCGACCCCACGGCACUAACAACCCCUAUAACACAUUGCUCGCUGAAACCGUUGUAUGUAAUGCCCCUUCAGCUCCUGUAUUUAACUCACCAGGACAUUCACUGAACAAUGCCAGGGAUACAAGUGCCAUGGAUACUCUACCGCUAAAUGGUAAUUUUAACAACAGCUACUCGCUGCGCAAGGGUGACUAUAAUGACAGCGUGCAAGUUGUGGACUGUGGACUAAGUCUGAAUGAUACUGCUUUUGAGAAAAUGAUCAUUUCAGAAUUAGUGCACAACAACUUACGGGGCAGCAGCAAGACUCACAACCUCGAGCUCACGCUACCAGUCAAACCUGUGAUUGGAGGUAGCAGCAGUGAAGAUGAUGCUAUUGUGGCAGAUGCUUCAUCUUUAAUGCACAGCGACAACCCAGGGCUGGAGCUCCAUCACAAAGAACUCGAGGCACCACUUAUUCCUCAGCGGACUCACUCCCUUCUGUACCAACCCCAGAAGAAAGUGAAGUCCGAGGGAACUGACAGCUAUGUCUCCCAACUGACAACAGAGGCUGAAGAUCACCUACAGUCCCCCAACAGAGACUCUCUUUAUACAAGCAUGCCCAAUCUUAGAGACUCUCCCUAUCCGGAGAGCAGCCCUGACAUGGAAGAAGAACUCUCUCCCUCCAGGAGGAGUGAGAAUGAGGACAUUUACUAUAAAAGCAUGCCAAAUCUUGGAGCUGGCCAUCAGCUUCAGAUGUGCUACCAGAUCAGCAGGGGCAAUAGUGAUGGUUAUAUAAUCCCCAUUAACAAAGAAGGGUGUAUUCCAGAAGGAGAUGUUAGAGAAGGACAAAUGCAGCUGGUUACAAGUCUUUAAUCAUAUAGCUAAGGAAUUCCAAGGGCCACAUGCGAGUAUUAAUAAAUAAAGACACCAUUGGCCUGACGCAGCUCUCUCAAACUCUGCUUUAAGAGAUGACUCUUGACCUGUGGUUCUCCGGUGUAAAAAAGAUGACUGAACCUUGCAGUUCUGUGAAUUUUUAUAAAACAUACAAAAACUUUGUAUAUACACAGAGUAUACUAAAGUGAAUUAUUUGUUACAAAGAAAAGAGAUGCCAACCAGGUAUUUUAAGAUUCUGCUGCUGUUUAGAGAAAUUGUGAAACAAGCAAAACAAAACUUUCCAGCCAUUUUACUGCAGCAGUCUGUGAACUAAAUUUGUAAAUAUGGCUGCACCAUUUUUGUAGGCCUGCAUUGUAUUAUAUACAAGACGUAGGCUUUAAAAUCCUGUGGGACAAAUUUACUGUACCUUACUAUUCCUGACAAGACUUGGAAAAGCAGGAGAGAUAUUCUGCAUCAGUUUGCAGUUCACUGCAAAUCUUUUACAUUAAGGCAAAGAUUGAAAACAUGCUUAACCACUAGCAAUCAAGCCACAGGCCUUAUUUCAUAUGUUUCCUCAACUGUACAAUGAACUAUUCUCAUGAAAAAUGGCUAAAGAAAUUAUAUUUUGUUCUAUUGCUAGGGUAAAAUAAAUACAUUUGUGUCCACCUGAAAUAUAAUUGUCAUUAAAAUAAUUUUAAAGAGUGAAGAAAAUAUUGUGAAAAGCUCUUGGUUGCACAUGUUAUGAAAUGUUUUUUCUUACACUUUGUCAUGGUAAGUUCUACCCAUUUUCACUUCUUUUCCACUGUAUACAGUGUUCUGCUUUGACAAAGUUAGUCUUUAUUACUUACAUUUAAAUUUCUUAUUGCCAAAAGAACGUGUUUUAUGGGGAGAAACAAACUCUUUGAAGCCAGUUAUGUCAUGCCUUGCACAAAAGUGAUGAAAUCUAGAAAAGAUUGUGUGUCACCCCUGUUUAUUCUUGAACAGAGGGCAAAGAGGGCACUGGGCACUUCUCACAAACUUUCUAGUGAACAAAAGGUGCCUGUUCUUUUUUAAAAAAAUAAAAUAAAACAUAAAUAUUACUCUUCCAUAUUCCUUCUGCCUAUAUUUAGUAAUUAAUUUAUUUUAUGAUAAAGUUCUAAUGAAAUGUAAAUUGUUUCAGCAAAAUUCUGCUUUUUUUUCAUCCCUUUGUGUAAACCUGUUAAUAAUGAGCCCAUCACUAAUAUCCAGUGUAAAGUUUAACACGGUUUGACAGUAAAUAAAUGUGAAUUUUUUCAAGUA